AUGUGCCCUUUCAGCAGAAAUGUGUGGUUCCAGAAUAGACGCGCGAAAUGGAAGAAGCGCAAGAAGACAACCAACGUCUUCCGGGCGCCGGGCACUUUGCUGCCGACACACGGUCUGCCUCAGUUUCCGUCCGCGGCCGCGAUGGGCGACAGUCUCUGCUCUUUUCACGCCAACGACACGCGCUGGGCCGCAGCCGGGAUGCCCGGAGUCUCACAGCUGCAGAUACCGCCCGCGCUGGGCCGACAGCAGGCUAUGGCGCAGUCCCUGUCCCAGUGCAGUCUCGGAGCCGGCCCCCCGCCGAACUCCAUGGGCCUUUCCGGCGGCUUAUCGUCGAACGGUUCCGGUCUCCAGUCGCAUCUGUAUCAACCCACGUUUCCAGGGAUGGUGCCCGCUUCCCUCUCGGGUCCAACGAACGUGAGCGGCUCCCCUCAGCUGUGCAGCUCGCCGGACAGUGAUGUGUGGAGAGGGACUAGUAUCGCCUCGCUGCGCCGCAAAGCACUUGAGCACACCGUUUCCAUGAGUUUCACCUAAUUUGAGCACCCGAGACGUCUUUUCUCUCGCCGCAAACCCCAAAUAUUCCUGAAAAACAGUCACGGAGCACUCAGGAUAUGAGGUUAUAACUGUGAAAUUACAAAUUGGCAGCCUUACUGGAUAAUGGGACCCAAACAAACCCCCCCGACAACGCUUAUAUACGGCAGACGUAGACUCUAGUAAUAGUUUUAAUGCUUGAAAUGUAUGUAAUUUAUUUAUGCGUUGGAUUCGGUCACGUUUAUUUGGCUUUCAUAGUUAUUGAUUUUAAUAACCGCGAGUUAUUUAUUUCUUUAUUUAUUUACGAGUAUUUAUUUGACUCUUCAUUCACGUAUGAAGAAAUAACCGCAACAGUAUUUAUUUCGAUAUUCCUUUUUUUUUUUUUUUUUUUAACUAAACUAAAUGUAAAAGGAGGCGUUAUUAAGGACCACAUGUGUGCAUGUACAGAUUGUUUUACGGCACGUACUACACGUUGGAGUGAUUUUUCAGGUACAUAACCGAACACGUGGGCGUAAGAGCCAGUUUCCAAAUAAUCCGAUUCAGAUGCAUGUAAAAUUUCAACCAGGAUCAACAGGAAGUUGUUUACAUAAAGCAAAACGAACUUGAGUGUUUGUGUAUAUAAGAAAAAAAACCUUGUUAUCUGCUGGUAUGUUUGUGGUAUGUUUUAACUUAUUGUCUGUGCUUAUUACUGGAAUAUGGUUUUUGUAAAUGUUUAUCUUACCAAAUUCAACAGAAUUGGGAAGGUUUAUGUAAGUGGGUGAAUAAAAUCAUUUUAAGAAUUUUA